AUGCCACUCUCCCCCAUCGUAUCGUCCUGCCUGCUCUCGCUCGGCAUUGGAUGCGCGUCCAAUAUCAUCGCCCAACGUCUCAAAGCAUACAACGCCGGUAUACCCUUCGUCUUCGAUGAUGGCCUCUUCUUCCGGUUUGCCGUCCUGUCUGUAAUCACCACGCCGGUGAAUUACUACUGGCAGAUGUGGCUGGAGAAGACGUUCCCCGGAUGGAAGACGGCUCCGCGACAGCCAGGGGCAGCGAGCGAGUCUGACGCGGAGAAGGGGCUGUCGUUCAAAGAUGACGACAAAAAAGACGACAGCAAGACUGUCAAGGUCCGCGAUUGGUGGAACAUCUUCAAGAAGUGGUUCGCCGACUGCAUCACUCUGGGCGCGCUGCUCAACACGGCAAUGUUCCUGAUCCUCAUGGGCUUCAUGGAGGGCAAGAGCCAGGCGCAGAUUCAGACCAAUCUGCAGGUGGAUAUGUGGAAGAUCAUCUGGGACUCGUACAAGAUCUGGCCCAUUGCCAAUUUCAUCAGCACCACGUACUGUCCGGUGGAGAAACGCAUCGUCUUCCUGAGCUUCUGCGGGUUGAUCUGGAAUGUCUAUCUGACGCUGGUCGCUACAGAACUAUGA